AUGGCACACCUCUGCCAUGGGCCAGCAGGUGCCAGCAAUGGUAGCCUGCCACACGCAGUGGUCCACCACGGCCACCGGGACACCGACGGAGCUGGGAGCAGCCUCCACGCGACCACCGCGCUGAGACACCCCGAGAUCCGCCGUCCUCCGCACAACCUCCGUGCCGAGGCGAAGCCGGCCACCUCAAACCCACCACCACCGCCCAGGGGCCGCCGCCACGGCAUGCCUGCGCCGGCGAGCCCGAAAGUCCGAGUAGGACCAGAUCAGCCCCCUCCGGGUCUAGAUCGGCCCUGGCCGCACCAGCCCGCCGACACCCGAGCGCCGUCGGAAGCCUGCAGCGAGCCGCCGCAGGAGCUCCUCCGGAGCCCUCGCCACCCCGGGCACGUCCGGGCGUGCGGCCCCGCCGCACCACACCCAUCCCGCCACCACCGCCGUCGAAGCCCGGGGCCGGCGCCCGGCAUCCCGCGCCGCCGGGAGCCACCGGGCCCGGCCGUCGACGCGCCUGCAGCCGCCGUCGCGAGGCUCCGACCGCCCGCGCCCCGAGCCGGCCCGGCCGGCCGGAUCCGGCUCGGCCGCGCCCGACCGCCGCAGCCUGCGCCCUCAGCACACCGCCGCGCCCGCCGCACUCCGCCACGCCCGCAUCACGCCGCCGAGCCCGCAGAACGCCGCCGCGCCCGCAAGACACCGCCUCACCCGCCGCCGAGCGAGCUCCUUCUCGCUGGAGGAUGCGGGAGGGGAAGAAGCGCCCCGCCGCCACCUUCCUUAGGGCGCGCGCGGCUUUGCCGGGGGCCCCUCCGGCGGCGGCGAGAGAACUCGCCGGGAAAGAAUUUCCCCAUCGCAACGCCGCUCUGGUCUGCGCCGUCUUCCUGUAUUUCUCCUCCAACCCCGGCGACCGUGCGGUGCAGCCUGUGCAGCAAGAUCCCGGACGAGUUCGUGUCGCACGUUGUGUUCGUGCGGCUGCCGACGCGAACCAGACGAGACUCUGUUACGGCAGCGUGCUAG